UUUUUCCAAGAGGUUUCCCUUUCCGAUCUUGCUUCACUAUUUCGAAGUAUAUCGAAGUCUAUCGAAGUAGUUUGUCGACUAGUUCCCGUUCGUAGAUCGGCAGCGUUUUUAAUCGCUCAAUCACGUGCACGCGUACGACUUCGCGGCCAUUCGCGAAAAUUACAUGUGAUGUUUCUGCGCCGAGACAUUGUAUUAUGUGCAUAUAAAGAUAAGACCUGCGACCCUGUAUACGUGGGCAAAAUAGCGCUUCAAACGAGAAAUUAUGCUCAGUAAGUUGAGAACACGGCUUCGAAGCGCCGGAAAAAAACUACUUCUGAGCCGAAAUUCCAAUCAGCGGAAGCAUGUCAGGUCGGCGCACUUUACGUAUUUCCCGAGUGAGAGGCCAAAUACUAUCGGUGAGACUCAAAAGCUGAAUAUGUAUCAAGCUAUAAAUCACGCCCUUACUCUUGCAUUGGAAAACGAUCCACGUUCAGUGAUAUUUGGCGAAGACGUGGCAUUCGGAGGUGUGUUUCGUUGUACGAUGGAUUUGAAGAAACGUUUCGGCGCUAAUCGCGUCUUUAAUACACCUCUCUGUGAGCAAGGAAUUGCCGGCUUUGGAAUUGGGUUAGCUAAUGUCGGAAUAUCGGCCAUUGCCGAAAUACAAUUUGCAGAUUACAUAUUUCCUGCCUUCGAUCAGUUGGUAAAUGAAGCCGCCAAAGUGAGAUACCGAAGCGGCGGAACGUUUGAUUGCGGUAAACUUACGGUUCGUGCACCUUGUGGAGCAGUUGGCCACGGUGGCCUUUAUCAUUCUCAAAGUCCGGAAGCUUAUUUCGCACAUACUCCCGGCUUGAAGAUUGUCGUGCCUCGUGGAGCAAUGCAUGCGAAAGGUCUACUAUUGAGCUGCAUAGAUGAACCAGAUCCUUGUAUUAUAUUUGAACCCAAAAUUCUAUAUCGUACAGCAGUCGACGAAGUGCCCCUAGCACAUUACAAGAUCGAAAUCGGCAAAGCUGAAGUUGUAAGGAAAGGUAAUACCGUGACACUCGUAGGCUGGGGCACUCAAGUGCACGUGCUGUUGGAAGUGGCUGAUCUAGUCCAGGAGAAGCUCAACGUAUCCUGCGAGGUGAUAGACCUCAUUUCCAUUCUACCUUGGGACGCGGAACUCGUAUGCAAGUCGGCGAGGAAAACCGGACGCGUAAUUAUUGCCCACGAAGCACCGAUGACAAACGGAUUUGGGGCAGAAAUAGCUGCGACUGUACAGGCGGAGUGCUUCUUGUACUUGGAGGCGCCAGUUCAAAGGGUCACAGGAUGGGAUUGUCCUUUCCCACAUAUCUUUGAGCAGUUUUAUUUACCGGACAAGUGGCGUUGCUUUGCGGCUGUCCGAGAUAUCCUGAAGUACUAAAAAACUAUGGUUGUUGCAGUAUACCACAAUGAAAAAAGUUAAACCUGUUCGUUGUAAAAAGCAAAGUGUUACAAGUUAUAAAGAGUUCUCUGGAAAGCGUAUUUUAUAUAUUUAUAUUAUUAGUUUUUUAUAAUUUAUUUUUUAUUUCCCAUUUAUUCUAUGUCAC